AAAAACAAGCAAAGCAAGUUGCGAACAAAUUGAAAGCCUCCCAGCGUUAUCUUGUUCAACAUACUCUAGUAGUCAAUCAUUUUUUAAUUGAUCGUACACACAACGAAUCUAACCUUCAUUACCUAGGAUCAAUUCGUUUCUAAGUUUUUUAGUAGUCAAAAGUUUUCCCGUCAUAGUAUUUAAUAAUUAUCAUGACUCUAAUUGUUAAAAAGAGUGGAGAGAAGGAACUCUUCUCCUCCGAAAAGAUUAGAAUCAGACUCCAAGACCACACCAAGGAUCUCUAUCACAUUAAUAUAGAUUCUAUCAUUGAAAAGCUUCAACUUGAAAUUCACAACGAUAUUACCACUGAAAAGUUGGACAACCUCAUUGCUGAAUGUAUUGCCUAUAUGGCCUAUUCUCAUCCUGACUAUUUAAAGUUGGCUGGUAGAGUGAAAGUUUCUACCCUCCACAAACACACAAAGUCAAAAUUCUCUGAAGUCGUUCAUGAUUUGCGUAACUUCAUCCACCCAAGAACUAAUUUGCCAUCACCAUUAAUUUCCGAAGAAGUUUUUAAUGUUGUUGCUGCCAAUGUGGAUGUUUUGGAUCAAGCCAUCAAGAGUGAAAGAGAUUUCCAAUUCGAUUACUUUGGAUACAAGACUCUCGAAAGAAGCUACUUGCUCAAACUUGCCGAUAGUCGUAUUGCCGAAAGACCACAACACAUGUUUAUGCGUGUAAGUUUAGGUAUCCACGGAGGUGACAUUGAAAGAGCCAUUCAAACCUAUGAUUUACUCAGUAGUGGUAUGUUUAUUCAUGCCUCUCCAACAUUGUUCAAUGCUGGUACUCCAAUUCCACAAAUGAGUUCUUGUUUCCUCGUUUCUAUGAAGGAUGAUUCCAUUCAUGGUAUUUAUGAUACCCUUAAGACUUGUGCCCUUAUUUCCAAGUCUGCUGGUGGUAUUGGUUUGUCAGUUCACAAUAUUAGAGCUUCUGGAUCAUACAUUAGAGGUACAAACGGAACAUCAAAUGGUUUAAUUCCAAUGUUGAGAGUUUUCAAUGACACUGCCAGAUAUGUCGAUCAAGGUGGUGGUAAGAGAAAGGGUGCCUUUGCCAUUUAUUUGGAACCUUGGCACUCUGACAUUUUUGACUUUUUGGAUUUGAGAAAGAAUCACGGUAAGGAAGAAAUCAGAGCUAGAGAUUUAUUCUUGGGUUUAUGGGUCAACGAUCUCUUCAUGCAACGUGUUAAGGAUGAUGCCGAAUGGUCACUCUUCUGUCCAAAUGAAGCUCAAGGUCUUGCUGAUGUUUGGGGUGAAGAAUUCAAUCAAUUAUAUACCAAAUAUGAAAGAGAAGGAAAGGCCAAGAGAACCAUCAAGGCUCAAGAACUCUGGUUUGCUAUUAUUGAAGCCCAAAUUGAAACUGGUGUCCCAUACAUGUUGUACAAGGAUUCUUGUAAUAGAAAAUCCAAUCAACAAAACCUUGGUACCAUCAAGUCUUCUAACUUGUGUACUGAAAUUAUUGAAUUUACUGCUCCUGAUGAAGUUGCUGUAUGUAACCUUGCCAGUAUUGCUCUUCCAAAGUAUGUCAAUGAAGAAACUCAAACCUAUGAUCACCAAAAGUUAUACGAAGUUGUCAAGAUUGCCACUUACAAUUUGAAUAAGAUUAUUGAUAAGAAUUAUUACCCAGUCGAAGAAGCCAAGAAGAGUAACUUUAGACACAGACCAAUUGGUCUCGGUGUUCAAGGUUUGGCCGAUGCUUUCAUCAAGAUGCGUCUUCCAUUCGAAAGUGAAGAAGCUAAAAACCUCAACAGGGAAAUCUUUGAAACCAUUUACUUUGCUGCCAUGACCUGCUCAAUGGAACUUGCUAAGGUUGAAGGAACAUAUGAAACCUAUGAAGGAAGUCCAAUCAGUAAGGGUAUCUUCCAACACGAAUUCUGGACCAGAGAAGGUGAACCAUUCGAAGGUAAGACUAUUACCAGCGGUAGAUGGGAUUGGGAAGGUUUGAGACAACAAGUCUUGCAACACGGUGUCAGAAACAGUCUCUUAGUUGCACCAAUGCCAACUGCUUCCACCAGUCAAAUCUUGGGCAACAAUGAAUGUUUCGAACCAUAUACAUCAAACGUUUAUACUAGACGUGUUUUGAGUGGUGAAUAUCCAGUCAUUAACAGACAUCUUGUUGCUGAUUUGAUCAAGAUUGACAUGUGGAAUCCAACUAUUGUUAACCAAAUUAUUGGUAAUAGAGGUUCCAUCCAAAAUAUCCAAGGUAUCCCUGAUGAUAUUAAGGAAUUGUACAAGACUGUUUGGGAAAUUAAGCAAAGAAGCUUGUUGGAUCUUGCCAUUGAAAGAUCUCCAUUCAUUGAUCAAUCUCAAUCUUUGAACGUUUUCAUUUCAAUUCCAUCAGUUUCCAAGAUGAGUUCUAUGCACUUUUAUGCUUGGUCUAAGGGGUUGAAGACUGGUAUGUACUAUUUGAGAACUCAACCAGCCGCCGAUGCCAUCCAAUUCACUGUCGAUCCAAACAUGAUGAAGCAAAGCGUUUCAACAUCACAAGCUGAAGAACCAAAGCAAGAAGAAGAAGUUAUCGUUUGCAAAAGAAAGAAGAGAGGCCAAGCUCCACCUGAAGGUGAAGAAGACGAAGAAGAAUGCCUCGUCUGUGGUGCUUAAAUUCUCUUCCCUAUUCUGUAAAUUACACACAACCUACCCAAAACACAUUGUGCACUUUAAGUAGUGACAAGUGAACCAUCUAAUUCUCUUAUUUAUUAAAACAAAAUUAAUUU